AUAAAUCUAUAAUAAAUAUAAGGAAAUCAUUAUAAGUUUUUAAAGAAUGAAGAACAAAGUAGAAAUAUGGGACGAUGAAGACCUCUGGGGAGAUAUUUGUGACGUAUCAGAACGAGUUUCAGAGGUAUCAUUAGGCGGUGAUCAUAUAAAAGAAGUAUCAUUUGAGAAAGAAAUGAUGGCAAAGGAUAUUAAUGAAGUAAUGGAAAAAGCAGCGAUAUCAGGUAUUCCUUUGCCUCGGAAUAUUACGCCGUCGUCGUUAAUAGGCGGUACUAUUCGUCGUUUGGGGACACGUAAGAUGGGAGUAACAGUAAUGGAUGAUUGGGGCGAUGAUAUACAAUUAACUCCAGGAAUAUUGAAUGAAAAGUGUAUUCAAAGGUCAGCAGUGAUUGAGAAUGAUGAUGUAUUUGGGGAUAUUGAGGAUUGGCCAAGUAAAUUUGAAAAGCCGCAAACAGCGGUUCAAAAACGACUUCGAGAAGGGUUGCUUCCUCGGAAGAGUGUAGAACCGUCAAUAAUUGCACAAAAUAAUCCAUGUGAUGAUAUAUUUGAAUCAGAUUUUGAUAUUCCAAACAAUAUAGAUAAUUUUCAUAUUCAUUAUCCACAUGCGAAAACACAUACCUUAGGUAUACCACAUGGAUCGACACUAGAAAGCGAUAAUGAUGAUUGGGGAGAAUCGUCAUUGGGUAUACGAAGUGCAGGUGCGGAAUCUAUAUCGGCAAGGGCAUCAGUAGCAUCUAGUUUGAGUCCAUCUAUGAAUUCAAUGACAUUAAGCGAAGAUGAGAGUAUUUUGGAGGGAAUAGAACUUCCAUCAAGUGCAUUGGAUUUACAAAAGAGAUUUGACAUAUGUAGACAAAAAAAGAUAAAUGAGCGUACUCUUAAAGAGGCACAAUUUUUAAAGGAAGACUUUUUUGCAGAUAUUGAAGUUGACAGAGACAAUUUUCUUGAUUCAUCAAAGAAUUUUAAUUCCAAUGUCAAUAUUGUUAAACAUUUUAUGGAUAAUGAUAAACAAAAUGCUCAAAGACAGCCACAGGCAACAAUUAAGCUUAGUUCAAAGUCAUCUCGUAUUCCACAACCAGUUUUACCACUGCCUAAAAUGAAUAAAGAGAAUAUUUCUAGGCCAUCAUAUUCAGAAGUUCGACCUUUAGUCCAGGAGAAAAUGAUGUCAAAAAAGCCUUCAUUAAUGAAUUUUCAAGAACAAGAAGAUAAUUUUCAUUCUAUGUCUACGAAACGAUCAAUGCCUUCUUUGCAGUCUCAAUAUAUAUCUCCUCCUCAGUAUAAUUUACAGGAUAAUUCACGACUUAAAUCGAAUACUUAUAAUAUUCAUCAUAAUCAUCCCAAAACUGUUUUAGAAAAUGGGCACUUAAAAGCACAAUCAAAUAAUCAUAGCUCAUCUAAUCAAGUAUAUUCAAGAGGAAGUGAUGAAUUUCCUGCAAUGGCUAAUAGGAUUCCACGAUAUGCUUCACCUACCAAUGCAUCCUUAGCAAGAGGUGCUAUACCAUUAAAUAAGUUUCAAAAAUGUACAUCUGAUGGAAUACCUCGAGAUCAUUCUCCUUUUAGGAUUUUAGCUUGUCCACAAAAACCAUCAAAUUAUGGAGAUGGAACAGAAUUAGAUGCAUUUGACGAUUUACCUACAUGUUCUGCCACAGAGAAGAAAUAUUCAGAAAAAAUUUAUAAAAAAGAACAUUCAAAAUUAAAAGAAGCUUCAGAUGUACUGUUGGAGACUUAUUACUCAAAGAUUCCUGAGAUGGAUCGAUACAAAGAGGAGUCUUCUAAAGGUAUUGCUCAUCCAGCAAUUGUUAAGAACAGUGGUUUCAGACCUAAAACUAAUAUACAACUAUUUCCUACAAAAAUCAAAUUGAAGAAAAAAACUAAGCAAAUGCCUACACUUAUUCGUAAUUUAAAUUCAUCGCCUAUUCCUAAAGUUGUUGGACAAAUGAAAUAUAAUCCUCAAACUCGAAAUUGGGAAGGCAAUGAAAUAGAAUUACAAAAAUUUGAUUUGUAUUAUACAUCACCACGUCCAGCACUUAUUUCUCAUAUUUCUGAUAAGAAAGAUGUACAAAUUGUUGGUGAUAUGAUGUUUGAUCCUCAAAAGAUGUGCUGGAUUAAAAUCAAUCCAUCAUUAGAGGAUGAAAAUGAUCCGUUUGAGGGAAUCAAGGAUUUAGCCAAUAAUGAUCCCUAUGCUUUUUUCGAAUCAGGGAAUAAUUCUAACAGUUUAUCAAAUUCAAACUAUUUAGAUACCCAGAAUUUUGUUGUAGGUGAAGAAUUCGAUGUAGGUCCAGGAUUUGUUCGAAAGCAAAGGGAGGAAGAAGAGAAUUGGAAGAAAAAUAUUCAAGGCUGGAUUAAACAAGGAUUUCCAAAUCGCAAUCAUUUACGAGAAAUUAGAAAAAUAGUUAUAAAUGGACGAUAAUAUAAAAGAUGGAUAUAUGUAGUAUUUAUUUUAACUAUUUGAG